AGUCCGCCCGGUGGGAACUCCACCGAGUAACAGCUGAGUUUUGAAUAUUCGUUCCCUUCUGAACCUUAUCGUCGUGUCGAGUAGUCUUCGACCAGACAACAGUGGUGGAUGUAAUUCGCGAGGUUCCAUUCAAUCUACGCCGCUAUCCAGAAAUGACCAGACAAGUGGAGCUUAUUCUUCUCGGGUGGAUCGCGGUAUCGGUGCUGUUCCAGACGGGCCCUGGCGGCAUUGGAGUCGAGGGAAAAGCCACGAUUGAGCAGAUGGCCAAAACGGGUGAAAUGAUUCGAGGCGUUUGUGCUGGGAAAGUCAAAGCGGAUGAAAGCAUGAUCAAUAAGCUACGCGAAGGCAUCUUUCCGGAUGUUAAGGAAGUCAAAUGCUAUGUUAAUUGUGCAUUUGAAAUGAUGCAAGUGGUCAAAAAGGGUAAAUUGAACUACGAUGCAGCACUCAAGCAAAUCGACACCAUCAUGCCGGAUGAACUUGCCGGACCCAUGCGGGUUGCACUGGAUGCUUGUCGAACCGCGUCCGAAGGAAUCAAAAACAACUGCGAUGCAGCUUACGCAAUAGCCAUAUGCAUUUCAAAAAAUAACCCUAAAUUUGUUUUUCCUUAGUAACUAUGAACUAUGCUAGAAGUAUUUAUGUCGCUGCUGUUUUGAUGUAAUUAGUAAUAACUACUAUACGCAUUUCUAUUGUGAUCAAAUAACAGCAACUAGCGCUUGGAUUCGAUAAAUAAAUCAUCUUAUACAUACCAA